CACUUCGACACAUCACAACACGCAUGCGCGCAACUGGUGCAUCCUUCAUAAACAAAGUUGAAUUUCGCUAAAAAAAAAAAAAAAAAAUACGUGUUAUUGAAAAAUACUCAACAUCGUGGACUCUUCGUGUCGGACGUGUCGGUCUCCUGCGGGACGGACGUGUUCUCUUGAAUCUGACGGGCUCCCGUUGACUCUCCCGGGGGAGGGAGGGGGGGGGAGAAACGGGAAUAUAUAUUCUUGAAGACGGAAGUGAUAGCUACAGAUUUCCAGUCGGGGCAGUGAACGCACCGCAUGCAUGUCAGUCAUCGACUGUUUGUUCACGUGUGUUUUAUUUGCCUACGACUUCUUCCCGAAGCUCCGUCAGAGCUCUCGCCUGAGACUCGCCUCCUCCUCCUGCGGCGGUAUGGCGGCGGCGGCGGCGGCGGGGCCGGAGGACUGCGGCGCACAAGGAGCGGUAACAGGUGACGGGGAACCCGAGGAGGCCGAGGAGUUCACCUGCCCGGCCUACUGCUCGGAGCUUUCGCGGCGGCAGAACGAGCAGAGGAAGGCGGGCGUGUUCUGCGACGUGACGCUGGUGUUCUGCUCCGGCGAGCGGGUGCAGGUCCUGUCCGCCCACCGCUGCGUCCUGUCCGCGGCGUCGCACUACUUCGCGCUGCUGCUCGGCGGACGCUUCUCGGAGUCCCAGAGCGGCCGAGUGGAGCUCAGGGAGUGGAGCUCCGAGGGCGGACUGGACCCGGAGACCGUGCGGAGGGUCGUGCAGUUCAUGUACACGGGAGAGAUCACGGUGACCACCGCGAAUGUGCAUGAAGUGCUGGAACUUGGUGACAGGUUCCUGUUGGUGCAGCUAAAGAACUUCUGUGGAGAUUUCCUGAUGAAGAAGUUGAGCUUGUCCAACUGUGUCGCUGUGCACAGCCUCGCCCACAUGUACACCCUGGACCAGCUGGCCCUGGGAGCUGCCAAGACCAUUAGAAGGAACUUCAACAAAGUUAUCCGCAACGAGGAAUUCUACACGCUGCCAUUUCACCUGCUGCGAGACUGGCUGUCCGACUCCGAAAUCACUGUGGACUCUGAACAGGAGUUGUUUGAGACCAUCGUGAAAUGGGUGCAGCAUGACAAGGAGGAGCGAGAGACGCAUUUUGAGGAGCUGUUCGAGCUUUUAAGGCUGCCACAGAUUGCUCCUACCGUCCUGACACAGGUGGUGAGAAAGGAGCCCUUAGUGGCAAACAAUGCAUCUUGUCAGAAGCUGGUGUCUGACACCCUUGAAGUGCACGCUGUUCACUUUGAGAGCCUCAAGUCAGCUGAUUUAGAGCUCUGCGCCUCCUACAUGGCGGCGAUCCAGCCACGUUUUGGCCAGAACAUGGAUGUAAUCAUGGUGGUGGGUGGUGUUUCAGAAGGCGGAGAGUAUAUGAGUGAGUGUGUGGGCUACUUUGUCGCUGAGGACCGUUGGGUCAACCUACCUCACAUUCACAACCACCUUGAUGGACAUGCCAUAGCAGCCACCGACAGCCAUGUCUAUGUGGCAGGCUCCAUGGAGCCGGGCUUCGCCAAGAUGGUGGAGCGCUACAACCCCAACCUCAACAGCUGGGAGCAGGUCAGCAGCCUGAGCUACCGCAAGCACUCUUUUGGCCUCACAAGUGUCAAGGACAUUCUCUACAGCAUCGGUGGUCACGGAAACUUCAGUCCUGGCUUUAAGGAUGUUACUGUCUACAAGCCUGAGCAGGAUCAGUGGCAUAAUCAGGAGCCAGCACCCAAAAUCCUACGAGACGUGAAAACGGUGAGCGUGGAGGACCGCUAUGUGUACGUAAUGGCCCGGACCCCUGUAGACAUGGACCACGAGGACGGACUGAGCACUGUGACCACUUGCUACGAUACAGAGAGUCACGUGUGGCAGGAAGUGGACUCCUUACCGCUCAUCGAUAACUACUGUGUUUUUCAAAUGGCCGUCGCCUCCACCAACUUCUACCACACGGCGUCCUGUUGCCCCAAGAACUACGACGUGACAGUAGAGUCUGCUCGGCAGAAAACGAGCAGAAAAAUCUCCGACGACAUCCUCGACAGCCUCCCCCCGGAGGUCCUCGGCAUGGAGGGUGCUGCCAUUUGCCACCUGGGUGAGGACAUAUUCGUCAUUGGCGGAUGGAGGAACAGCAACAACAUGGACAAGCAGUAUCGCAAGGAGGUCUACCGUUACUGUGCCGAAAAGAAGCGCUGGAUGCUGCUGCCGCCCAUACCUCAGCCUCGCUGCCGAGCAGCGGCCUGCCACGUUCGCAUCCCGUACCAGUAUCUCUACGGCUGCCAGCGUUACCCCAUGCCCCAGAACCUGGCUCGCCAGCGAGACCGCAUGCAGCAGAUGCAGCAGCUCCAUCGGCGCACCCUCACCCUGCGGAGGCAGCUGCAGUCUCAGAUCGAAUGUUGACAUUGACUCUGACGUUCUGACUCGCCUGCCAUGUAUAGUACUGUCUUGUAAGCACUUUGUGCGCUGAGAAAUGCCUUGUUGUUAUCCCAAGAUUUCUGUAUGGUUUUUUGCUCCUAUUGAGGUAAGGCUUUUAUCGUCUGCAUGGGUUCACCUGGGGCCAAAGCUUACACUGUUCCAAUAGCCAAAAUAGAAAAAAAGUAAGAAUUUGCAUUCUCAUUUUGGCCUUACAUCAUUUCUACCUCCAACUUAUACCAUGAUUUGACCUUUUUUGCACUGUAAGGAUUUAAACACCUGGUUGAUAGUCUUAUUGAUUAAUCUUGUGUGCACCACUUGAAGGAGACCAUAAUUUCGUAACAGGAGAUAAGUAUGAAUCAAAAGGACACACUGGGGAACAGGGUGCUCAAAGCCUGCUUAAUACAUUUUUGCACUAAAACAGUUUCUACAGAUUCGCAAAAAUGCUGUUUUGAAAUUCAAAAUGGAUGUGUAUGAAUUGCUGCUUUCAGACAAGCACUGAAAGUCCGGACAUUUUUCCUGAACUUUUCUGGAGGAGCUAAAUGUGAGAACGCAAAUGUUCCUCAGGACAUUGUCUGAAACUGUUUUCUCCCAGCCCCCUGGUAAAAUAUCUGGAAAAUGUCCCAGGUAGGGAUGUAGCAGGAAAUGUGAGCGGCAAACUCCUGAAGAUGUCCAAAUACGAUUUUUCGGAUAUUUUCUUGUGAGUGAUAUCUUUCUUAAAUAGUAUAGCCGUAUUAAAAUACCAAUAUUUUGAUUUCACAAGUUGUUGCAUAUCUUGAAAGUUAGACCAAAUACCACCAUAAUAAUGACGAGAAGUAAUUUUGGCAGAAGCUCUCGGUUAUUCUAAUUUAAUUUUAACUUCUGUUAUCCUAUUUAAUGUUGUUAUUUCAGUGACCAAAGUUUGUUGAGUAUUUUUUAGUUUGCUGGUUGUCUCACUGGACUAUUCGUACUUCUUGCAGAAUUGGUUCUGCAUCUUCUUUUGAGUCACCAAGAGCGAACUGUAUGUUCACACAUGGGCAGAACUGUGGAAAGGCUGAAAUGUGUGAAACACAUUUAAACAAAACAGGCUUCUUUGUGGAUGUUCUCUCAACUGUUCCUUAUUGAUGCAGUUGAUUUUAAUUGCAUUCCCUGCACUUAACGACCAUGAAAGUUAAACUUUAACUUUUUUUAAAAAUCCAGUCUUGUAACUCAGUGUUGUGUGGACCAGUUGCUGGGAUCAGUGUUUAUCUAAAACUUUUGAAAUUGCUCGUGCCUGUGGUAUCUGCAGCCAAGCUGUCUGUAGCUAUGAUCUAAUUAGGCAUGGUGAACCUAACAUUUUUCCACUAACACACUGUACAUAAUGUGAACAGCACUGGUUGAUGAAUGAUUCCAUUCAGUUGCGGAACUGGAGGUUUUCAUUUUUCAAUAAAAAAAAUUGCCAGUUUCCAUUACUACAGGGUACAACAGGCAGUUACAUUUUGGCAGUAACAUAUAAAUGUCACAUAGUUUCAAGUCCCAGUUUGAUAAGAGGUAAUUUUGGAUAAAAUGUAAUUUGCCAGUGUUAUACAUCCUGAUUUCAUGCAGCCAAAUGUACCAUCUGACAUGGUGUCAUUGCAUUUGUAUGUGCAAGAGCUGCAUGUGUAUAGACACUGCAAUAAAGGUUAAUGCACUAAAAUUAA